CUGCGCUUUCGUCCACGACUGUUCCCUAGGGACUGCCGGUGCAUCUCUGUCUUUUCCGUCCUCCCACCCAAGACCCCGAGUGGAACUCUGUCGUUUUCGUGACUUUUUGAUAUUUCUAUCCACCAUGGCUCCUUCGAAGUGGGACGAAGAGGAAGAGAGCGCUUCUCCUCCUCCUGUGGCCCCCCGCCGCAAGUUCGAUGAUGAAGAAGAGGACGAUGUCCUCGACUCCUGGGACGCCGCCGAAGAUUCCGAAGUAGAGCGGGAGAAGGAGGCCAAGGCGAAGGAGGCCAAGGCCAAGGCCGACGCUGAGGCGGCCGCAAAGAAGAAAAGCAAGGCGCAGCGCAUACAGGAGCACAAGGACACCCGGCGACAGGAGGCGGACGAGGCCGAGGACUCCGACAGUGAGGAGGACGAGGCCGACAAACGCGCUCGUCUGCGCCGCACCGAGAAGGAUGCGGAUCUCAAGCACGCCGAGGACCUCUUCGGCGACAUCGAUCUGAACCGCAACCGCGGCGCCCCCAAGGCUGUGGUCAUCAGCGACUCGGCCGACCCCACGCAGGCCGUCGACCUGUCGGCCAUGCCGCUCUUCAAGCCCACCACCAAGGACCAGUUCACCCGGUUGACGACCACGCUGGCCCCACUGCUCACGCCGCAGUCGAAGAAGCCCCAUUAUGCGCUGUGGGCCCAGGACUUCGCUAAGCAGCUGGUCAAGGAUCUGCCCAGCGGCGACAUCAAGAAGAUCGCCAGUUCCCUGACCACCCUGAGCAACGAGAAAAUGAAGGAGGAGCGUGCGGCCGACAAGGGUAACAAGAAGAGCAAGGCGGCCAAGACCAAGGUCUCGCUGGUGACCUCGAGAGAUAACAAGAUUGAUUCGUCCUACGAUGAUGAUGGAUUGGGCGACGACGAUUUCAUGUGAAUGACUUGAAUUAUAUUGAAAUUUACGUUUUUAUUUCUCCUUUUCUUCAAAUGCCCUCCUCAUCCUUCGUCUCUAGUUGGCAGUGAUAUAUUGAAUUUGCCAACUUCGUCGAUCCGCUGCGUUGUAUAUGCAUCGGUAAACAGUCAUGCCCUUUGCCCUCCUCUUCUUUAAGUCAUCUUGAUACAAUAGAAUCGGCGUUGUCGCUGCAUGUUACC